UCUUUUUGAUGAACGGUCUUUGGGCCAGCUGCUGUGCUACAAGGAAAGCGGUCGUUGUGAAGCAACCGAUCCGAGACUAUCAUGUCCAGAUACGGACGGUACGGGGGAGAAACUAAGGUUUACGUUGGUAACCUCGGGACUGGCGCGGGAAAAGGAGAACUAGAGCGGGCGUUCAGUUAUUAUGGACCGUUGAGAACAGUGUGGAUUGCUAGGAAUCCUCCAGGGUUUGCCUUUGUGGAGUUUGAAGACCCACGGGACGCAGAAGAUGCUGUCCGCGGCCUGGAUGGGAAGGUAAUUUGUGGCUCUCGAGUUCGAGUUGAGCUGUCUACAGGAAUGCCGAGGCGCUCCCGCUACGACCGGCCGCCCACCCGUCGGCCUUUCGACCCCAACGACAGGUGCUACGAGUGUGGUGAGAAGGGGCACUAUGCCUACGACUGCCACCGCUACAGUCGGCGUCGACGGAGUAGGUCCAGGUCACGCUCGCGGUCGCGGUCUCGUUCGCGGUCGCACUCCAGGUCCCGGGGGAGGAGGUACUCCCGCUCGCAUAGCCGCAGCCGUGGCAGGAGGUCUCGAUCCUUCUCCCCUCGGAAGUCACGCUCCGCUUCUCCAAGAAGGUCUCGAUCCGUAACUCCUAAGCGGUCCAGGUCUAGAUCAAGAUCUGGAUCAAGGUCCCGUUCUAGAUCUCGCCGAAGGAGCAGAUCUGGCUCUGCACACAGAUCCAAGUCGGGUUCUCCAGGGAGGAGCCACUCAAAAUCUAGAUCAUCCCCUCCCAAACAAAGCCGUUCCCCUUCAGGAAGUCCACGCAGAAGUGAGAGCCCAGACAGAGAUGACUGACCUUUAAUACAACCAAAUCUUUAGAAUGAAGAAAGGUAUUUACAUGACGAUAAGGGAUCCCUCUAUCUCUGAGACUUAAAUUCAGAAGUGCAGUGAUUUAUGUUCCUCUAGAUUCACAUAACACCUUUUUUUCUCUUUUUAAGAACAAAAUAAAAAAUGAACAUUUAUAGACUGCAGUGUGAAGGUUUUCUUGUUUAGUAGGAAUGCAUCAUUUUUAAUUUUUACAAGAGAUCACGAGCUGUAUUAGCUAUUCACUGGAAUGUU